UUUAAGUUUUCUUUGGACGGUUUUGAGACUACCAAGUUCGAAGGUUGGGACUUCAAAGUCAAGGAAGAUACUCCCAAGCUGAGUAAAGACGUUGAUUUGGAUGGAAUUUUGAGAAGAAAGGGUGGUUUAGUAAACUUGGCUGGAGAAGAGGAGGAAGAAGAAGAAGAAGAAGAAGAAGAAGAAGAAGAAGAAGAAGAAGAAGAAGAAGAAGAAGAAGAAGAAGAAGAAGGUGGAGACGAGGGUUCUGAUGAUGAGCUCGCAAUGGACGGUUUCGGAAUGGGAGCUGAGCAAGUUGACAAUACCGCUGAAGAAGACGAAGAUGAAGCUAAGGUAGAAGAAGAAGAAGAAUCAGAUGUCGAAGCAGAUAUGGAUGAAGAACACCCAGGUUCAGAUGAAGAGUCCGACGCAGAAAACGACGACGAGGAUUCUGCUGAAAAGAUGGCAGAGUUUUACGAAACCCCAGAAGCCACCACCACCCAGGCUCAUCAAACUUUCCAAUCAUUGCAAUUAUCCAGACCAAUUUUGAAGGGUUUGAGUCAAUUGGGAUACACCACCCCCUCUCCUAUUCAAUCAGCUUCCAUUCCAAUUGCAUUAAUGGGUAAAGAUAUUGUUGCAGGUGCAGUCACUGGUUCCGGUAAAACUGCUGCCUACAUGAUUCCUAUCAUCGAAAGAUUGCUCUAUAAGCCAUCCAAGGUUUCUGCCACUAGAGUCAUAGUGUUGACGCCAACCAGAGAAUUAUCUAUUCAAGUGUGUGAUGUUGGUAAGAAAAUUGGUAGAUUUGUGAACAAUUUAAAUUUUGGAUUGGCUGUUGGUGGUCUUAACUUGAGACAACAAGAACAACAAUUGAAAACCAGACCGGAUAUUGUCAUUGCCACCCCAGGUAGAUUAAUUGAUCACAUUAGAAAUUCACCUUCCUUCAAUAUUGAUUCCUUAGAAAUCUUGGUAAUUGAUGAAGCUGAUAGAAUGUUAGAAGAAGGUUUCCAAGUGGAAUUAACUGAAAUCUUAUCCCUUAUUCCAAAGCACAAGAGACAAACCUUGUUAUUCUCUGCAACCAUGAAUACCAAGAUCCAAGACUUGAUUCAAUUAUCUUUACAGAAACCAGUCAGAAUCAUGAUCGAUCCUCCAAAGUCUACUUCUAACAAAUUGAUCCAAGAGUUCGUGAGAAUCAGAAAGAGAGACCACUUAAAGUUUGCCUUAUUGUUCCAAUUGCUUAAAGAUAUCAACCCAGAUCAAUCAUCUAGAAUAGUUGUCUUUGUUUCCAGAAAGGAAACUGCUCACAAGCUCAGAAUUGUUCUCGGUUUGUUAGGUAUGAAGGUAUCAGAAUUGCAUGGUUCUUUGAGUCAAGAACAAAGAUUGAAAAACGUAUCAGAUUUCAAGAAUUUGGUAGUACCAGUUUUGAUCUGUACUGAUUUAGCAUCUAGAGGUUUGGAUAUCCCAAAGAUUGAGAUUGUCAUCAAUUUCGAUAUGCCCAAGAGUCAUGAAAUCUACUUGCAUAGAGUUGGUAGAACUGCCAGAGCUGGAAGAGAUGGUAGAUCCAUUUCGUUUGUUGGGGAAUCCACCCAAGAUAGAGCCAUCGUCAAGGAUACCAUCAAGGUGAUAUCUGAAGACCCUUCCAACGCCAAAUCGAAGGCCGUAUCUAGAAACGUUGAUUGGAAACAAGUCGAAGGCUUGAAUAAGAUCAUCGAAGAAAAGAAGGAGACAAUCGAAGAGGUGUUGGAUGAAGAAAAGCAAGCUAAGGAAAUUUUGUUGGCAGAAAUGGAAAUUAACAAAGCUGCAAACAUAAUGAAUCAUGAGAAGGAAAUUCAAUCUAGACCAAAGAGAACUUGGUUCAAGGCUGGGGCCGAGGACAAGAAGCAAACUGAAGUCAUGAAGCAUUUGACUAAGCACGGAAAGAAGGUCAAUUCUAAGAAGAGAAAGGCCAUCGAGGUGAAGAAAGAAGAUUUGGGAAGAUCUUACAAAAAAACCAAGAACGAUAGAAUGGACGACCAAAAGAGAAACCCUAAAGCCAAAAUCGGAAAGGGG